UAUUAGUUUCUGUUUGGAGCUGACUUUGGUAAUCCCAGCAACUUCCCGAGCUUCCCCUGUCGUGUCUCUUAAUUUUCCUUUGUGGUACGAGAGAUGGCAACUGGUCUUGUAGUAGCAAACUCCUUACUUUCCUCUCCUCAUCCACUCUUCAAAAGCGCUCAAAAGCGCCCUCUUCAACCCAUCUCAUCUAUCUCUCAUCUACACUCCUCAAAACCCAAGAAACCUACCAACCCAGCAUUCCUUAAAGCCCCUUCUUUCCACUCAGAUUAUUGUAGAAUUCGAGUUCUUGCUCGAACUUCCCUUGGGGAAACCGAUGCCUCCGCAGACGAGCCCUUGCCUCUGGUGGGUGAGGACUCUGCAGCCUUCAAUUUGGGGACCCAAAGCAUUGUUUCUUGGGUUUAUUUUACUGUUAUCUUGGGAGUUGUUCUUUAUGUUCUCGAUGUUGCCUGGAUUGAUAACUCAACUGGGUUUGGAAAAGCUUUUAUCGAUGCUGUUUCAAGCCUCUCUGACAGCCCUGAGAUUGUAAUGUUGACCCUUAUCCUCAUAUUUGCCACUAUCCACAGUGGCUUGGCUUGUUUCCGGAACAUGGGUGAGAAACUCUUGGGAAAACGUGCAUAUCGUGUUCUAUUUGCUGGUGUAUCUCUUCCCUUGGCUGUUAGCACGGUUGUAUACUUCAUCAACCACAGGUAUGAUGGAGUGCAGUUAUGGCAGCUUCAAAAUGCUCCUGGAGUCCAUCAACUUGUGUGGCUCUCAAAUUUUAUUUCCUUCUUUUUCCUAUAUCCUUCUACCUUUAAUUUAUUGGAAGUAGCAGCUGUUGACAAGCCUAAAAUGCAUCUUUGGGAAACUGGCAUCAUGAGAAUCACCCGGCAUCCACAGAUGGUAGGGCAGGUUAUCUGGUGCUUGGCCCACACAAUUUGGAUUGGAAACUCUGUAGCCCUUGCAGCCUCAAUUGGUUUGAUUGGACAUCAUCUAUUCGGUGUUUGGAAUGGUGACAGGAGACUAGCUAUGCAACAUGGCGAGGCUUUUGAAGUCGUAAAGAAGCGAACAAGCAUCAUUCCAUUUGCAGCUAUCCUCGAUGGCCGUCAAAAAUUGCCCAAUGAUUACUACAGGGAAUUUAUUCGGUUGCCCUAUUUGACCAUCACUGCAUUGACACUAGGUGCAUAUUUUCUGCAUCCAGUAAUGCAAGCAGCUAGUUUCCGGCUCCAUUGGUAGUGGGAACAGGUUAAUUCUAGUCUGAAGAUUGUAUAUAGAGAUGCACGAUGGUCACACAUUUUGGUUGAGAGGGUUAUACAGGCAUAAAACAUGUAUUAUUUGUUGUAUUUUACGACUCUAUAAAUGAGAUGAUAAAUUUUCAUGUCUUUUAAAAGAAUUAGGUUUAUUAUUAUAUGAGAUCCUGCAAAAAAAUUGGAUGAA